AUGGUGUUCACCGAGGACCUUAACAACUACUCCCGCUACUGCACUAAGGUCGGGGAGACUAGGUUCGAUUUUAUGGAUUCUACUCGUGUGUGUGACUCCGAUGAGAUCCUGACCUAUGCAAAAAAGUUGGUGCUGCGUGACGUGGUGAUUCGAGACGCGGUGCAGAUGCACGAGGACCGCCUGUUAGUGCAACCGCACAGCGGCAACAUCCGUGUUAAUCGCUUUACGCAUGGAUUAUGCUCUCACUUCACGAUCCCUGACUCCCACUACACCACCGGCGUGCCGAAUGCCGACCUCGUGCUGUACGUCGCGGCGGGCCCGAUCAAGCCUGGGAUUCUUGCGUGGGCAAUAUCGUGCCAAGUUGACGCCAGCGGCCGGCCCUUGGUGGGGGUUGUCAAUGUUUCGCCCAGAGGUAUUAGCAAUGUUUUUUCUUGCACGCGUAUCAUGGCGCAUGAGCUCCUGCACGCGCUUGGAUUCCACGGCUUUACUUUUGAAACAAGAGGUAUGGUUGCUAAUGUGUCGGUUCGUGGUAAGCCAAAGGCCUCGGUGAUAACGUCGAGCAGAGUGGUGCAAGCCGCGAGGGCCCAUUACGGAUGCAGCACCAUGACGCACAUGGAGCUGGAGGACACGGGCGGCAGCGUGUCUGUGGGCUCGCACUGGAAGAUGCGCAACGCGAAGGAUGAGCUGAUGUCCCCUGUGAUUUACGCAGGAUUCUACACCGCGAUGACCAUCGCCGCGAUGGAGGAUACGGGCUACUACAAGGGCAACUACAGUAAUGCUGAAAGCAUGGCAUGGGGUAAGAAUGCCGGGUGCGUGCUGUUUAAUGAGAAGUGCGUUAUUAACGGGGUGUCGCAGGUGCCGGAGAUGUUCUGCGUCACUGAAACCCGUACGAAGAGUGAGUACAAGUGUACGUCCAACCGACUGGAUGUAGGGUACUGCGACUUGAGCGAUAACAUGACCCACUUAUCUUCUAUUUUCCAGUACUUUACCAAUCCGACGAUGGGUGGCACUCAGGGGUGGACGGACUACUGCCCGUUCGUACGAGGUUUUUGGGAUGCCGGUUGUAAUGAUGUGAGUUCCAAGGUAUUACCCGGCUCUGUGCUUUCAGAAUCCGCGCGAUGCUUUUCUGCCUUACCAAGCGCUACUCUCGAGAUAAGUGGUGGUGAAAAUAUGGCCGCUGUCUGCGCGCACGUGCUGUGCGAGGAGGCCACCGCGACGUACCGUGUGCGCGUGAAGGGUGCCAGCGAUUUCGUGAACUGCCCACGCGGGGGCAUCCUUGUGCCUUCGAAGUACAGCGCCGAGUUCAGCUCUGGUGCGAUUGAGUGUCCACCAUACGAUGAGGUGUGCACCGGGAAUCCGUCUAGCGCGGUAGGACUGUUGGCAACGGAGGCCGUGUCCGCAGCGGGUACCCCUAGCUCCAGCGAAACUCGUUGCAUGGCCGUAUUCGGUACGACUGGCGGCGCGCACCACCUGACUCUGAUGGUCGCGGCCGCUCUGGCUGGUAUGGUCUUCCUUGCUUAA